UUCCUCGCGUUAACUUCCAAAACAAAAAUGGCACAUGGGAAGUGAGCGUCCGCAUGAAAAGCGAAACCUAACGACGGUGUGGCUUGUUUCAGAUCUCUGCGAAGUUGCAGAACCACUACCCCCCUCGUUGUCAGUCGAGAAUGGCGCUGCCAAUGUCAGCUUGGGUUUCGCUCAUCGGAACCGUGCCGUGCACCACCGGCCGACUGUCCCGUGUCCGAGCUGCUGACUUCCAGACAGCCGGUGUCAAGUUCAAACACAUUUUAACUCCUCAGAGCCGCCAGCUGGGACCAAAGCCAGCGACAAGUCCUGUCCGCGGCCAUAUUAAUGCUGCCCUCCGAGCCGACAAGUUCUCAACUACAACGACACUUUGGAAAUCCGGCCACGGCAGCGCCUCCUUCUUACCCCAGGGAGGGAGAGGCUGGCUGGGCAAGUUCGCCCUCGGGGCCACCCUCGGAGUGACCGCGGCCGCGCUGGUCCAGUCUCUCCACACCGGAACUUUCACCGCCAUGGCCCUCAAAGUUAACCUGAACUCCGCCGACGGAGACUGGAAGGAGGCCAAAGACUUCUUGCUCUCUCUGUCUGUGAAGGACAGGCGUCAGUACUACAGGACUUCUAACUCUGUGCCUCUGGAUGACAUCCCAGUGUGGACCCCCACUGCAGAUGCUUCUAAAUCGGGUGCCUACGAGAGGAAUGAGAAGUUGGACCAGAAGAUUUCCCUCUAUAGUGGCGACAUCACCAAGCUUGAGAUAGAUGCCAUUGUCAAUGCAGCCAACAAGACCCUGCUCGGCGGUGGUGGAGUGGACGGAGCGAUCCACCGCGCUGCAGGUCCCUUGCUGAAAAAGGAGUGCGCUUCCCUCCACGGCUGUGAGACGGGAGAGGCCAAGAUCACCUGCGGCUACGGCCUCCCGGCCAAGUAUGUGAUCCACACAGUGGGGCCGAUUGCACAAGGGGGAGUUGGAGAGAAUGAGAAGAAAGCGCUGAGGUCCUGCUACAAGAACAGCCUGAAGACGGCCACCGACAACGGCGCACGAUCUGUGGCUUUCCCGUGCAUCUCCACCGGAAUCUACGGAUAUCCACCUGAACAAGCUGUGCAUGAGGCGUUAGCAACUGUGAGGGAGUAUCUCGACGCGCAUCAUGACAAGCUGGACAGAGUCAUCUUCUGUGUGUUCUUGCCGACGGAUAAGGAGCUGUAUCUGCAGAACCUCCCGGUCUACUUCCCUGCUGCCUGACCCAUGGCAGCACCGUGUUGUUCAGCUCCCACAAAGGCCGGUGUCAAGAGUAAACUCUAAGAGUGGAUUUGUCAAACUCGGUUGCUGUGGAUACACACCGCUACACUCAACAUCCAUAUUUCUCCUCCUCACUGUUGACGCAGAUCAAGACCUUCUUCAGCAGGAAAUAAGUUGGAAAUGGAUGAUUGCUUAUGUGAAGUGCGCAGUGGUUCUCGUGCAAAUGUCUGCGGAGUAUUUUAUUCCCCCCCCUCCCCCCCCCCCCCCCCCCCCCCCCCCCAUUAAUGCUUAAGAGGGGUGUUGCGACGAAGGUGUGAAAUUAUGUUGAUGAUUCUCUUGAAACCGGGACUACACGUUACCUGUGAUCAGUGGCACCUUUGCAACAGGAUUACAACAUGAGUUAUGCAUCCUGUAUUAGAGCUUCAGUGCACAUGCAUGUGUGUGUGUGAGAGAGAUGCACAACAAAAGCUUAUUAAAACAAAUCUCGCAGGCUU